GAUCGGUUUAACAUUGAACACUCCUAAGAUGAGUUCACUGUCUUUAUUAUAACCUACUGUGGAGCUACUGGAAUAUAGUUUAAUAGACAUUUUCAGUGUUAGUUUAGUAACUUUAAGUAUUUGCAGGAGGUAAUGUGAGACAUCAACUUUUAAGUCCCCACAGAGGCUUUAAUUUCUGAGGAAACAGAAGGACAGCUUGUGCCAAAUGGAGCCUCCAGCCAAUCCGGGAGACAGCCCGGUGGAGUUGGAGUUAACAGUGGAGAAUGUGGAGUCGGCCCUCUACCAGCUGUACUUUGACGCAGACAUGGAGCAUAAGAAUGUGGCCCAGAAAUGGUUGACCCAAGCCCAGGCAUCCACACAGGCGUGGCAGUUCUGCUGGGCCCUGCUGGGUCCAGAUAAACUCCCAGAGGUUCAGUUUUUUGGUGCCAGCACCCUCCACACAAAGAUCUCCCGCCACUGGAGCGACCUCCCCACAGACCAGCAUGAGAGCCUCAGGAUGCAGCUCCUGUCCCACAUCUUACACUUCUCCUCGGGUCCCAAAAUGGUGUUAACCAGAUUGUGCGUAGCUUUGGCUUCUUUGGCCCUUAAUCUGAUUCCGCAGGCUUGGUCCCAGCCAGUGGCCGACAUGGUUAGGGCGUUCCAGCCUCAGAAACCUGACUCUAAAGACGGUUCAGAAGUCACUCAGGACCCCCAAGCCCACUGCCUCACUCUGCUGGAGCUCCUCACUGUGCUUCCAGAGGAGUUCCAGAGCAGCAGGCUUACUCAAGCUCGUCGUGCCCAGUUGAGGGAAGCCCUGAUCGGGGAGUGGUCAGUGGUGUGUCCCAUGCUGCGGCAGCUCCUCCAGAGCCAGGACUCUUCCAACCAGGUGAAGGAGAAGGUGCUGCGAUGUCUGUCCAGCUGGGUGGGGCUGGAUGUGCCUUUAGGGGAGAGUCAGGAACUGGUCCAGGACUGUUUUACUGCACUGUCCAACCCGGAGCUGUUUGACUCAGCCGUGGAGACGAUUGUAAACGCCAUCUCACAGCCUGACUGCCAAAGGUACACUGAUGCUCUGGUGAACUUGUUGCCUCUGGUGCUGGGUCUUCAUGACCAGCUGAAGACAGCAGCUCAGGACGGGGACAUGGAGACGUCACAUGGCAUCUGCAGAAUCGCUGUUGCCAUGGGGGAAACACACUCCAGGGUUUUGUUGGAACAGGUGGAGCACUGGCAGGAGUAUCUGGCUUUGGUCAACAUGAUUCUGUUCUGUACUGGGAUCCCUGGGCACUACCCUGUCAGUGAGACCACCAGCUCCCUGACACUCACCUUCUGGUACACACUGCAGGAUGACAUCUUGUCCUUUGAGGAGGACAAACAGGCGGUUUACCUGCAGGUCUACAGGCCCGUUUACUUCCAGCUGGUGGAUGUGCUGCUGCAUAAAUCCCACUAUCCCUCCCAGGACGAGUACACCGCCUGGACGACUGAUGACAAAGAGCAGUUCAGGAUAUACAGAGUGGACAUCUCUGACACCCUGAUGUAUGUAUAUGAAAUGUUGGGUGCUGAACUGCUUAGUAACCUCUACGACAGACUGGGCAGGCAGCUCAUGGACCCCCAGCAGUCUGCAGUAUGGCAGGACACAGAGGCUUUGUUGUUUGGUUUCCAGUCCAUAGCUGAGACCAUAGACGUGAACUAUUCUGAUGUUAUCCCCGGUCUCAUCGGUCUCAUCCCCAGAAUCAACAUCAGUAAUGUUAUGUUGGCCGACACCGUCAUGUACACAAUAGGGUCUCUGGCUGAGUGGUUGGCAGACCAUCCUGUGAUGCUGAGCGGCAUUUUACCCAUGGUGCUCCAGGGCCUUGUAAAGGCUGAGCUGUCCGUGUCCAGUGUUUCUACCCUGAAGAGGAUCUGCAGGGAGUGCAGACACGACCUCGGCCCCUACGCUCAGGACAUCCUGACGGUGUCACAGGACGUUCUGGUAAAAGAAGUCCAUAAGAGCAGCCAGUGCAUGUGGCUGAUGCAGGCCCUGGGUUUCCUCCUGUCUGCUCUGCCCAUGGAUGAGAUUCUGGCCAGACUCCACUCGCUCAUCACGCCUCACGUCCAGCGGCUGGACGCACUGGCACAGCAGGAGCCUGAUCCCACUAACAAACAGUCCAUAAUCCACAUCCUGGGUAUGUUGUCCAGUCUGUUCACUACUCUGGACAUCAACAGACAGGUGGAAGGUUUGGAAGGAGCCCCCAACCCCAGACCCACCCCCUCCCAGACCACACACAACCCGGUUGUGGUUGUGCUCCAGCAAGUAUUCACACUGAUCCAGACCAUCCUCAGCAAGUGGCUCGAUGACUCAGACAUAGUGGAGGCCGUGUGUGGGAUAUUUGACAAGUCGGUUCGGACCCUCCUACAUGAUUUUGGACCGAUGGUGGCUCAGCUAAGCGAGAUGCUGGGGCAGAUCUACAGCGCAUUCCCACAAGCCUCUGCUCUGGACCUGGCACGUCAGAUGGUUCACAUAUUUGCUGGAGAGGAACAGCACAUCUCAAACAUUCAAUGCCUCACAGAACAGUUGACUUCUGCCACACUGGCCAUAUUUCAACAAGGUCCAAGGGAUCAUCCUGAUAUCGCAGAAUCAUUUAUGCACUUCCAUGCACAGAUUCUUAAAAGGAAGCCUGAUUUGUACCUAUCUGACCAGAUGGAUGUCAAAGCUCUGUUUUACUGCGGGAUUAUGUCGCUCAAGUUUCCAGAGACUCCUACAGUAAAAGCUGCUAGUCUGUUCUUUACAGAGCUGUUGCCUCGUUGUAAAGACAUGCCGUCUCUUGGUGAAGUGCUGCAGAGGGAUGGAAAGCUCUUAACAGAGACGAUACUCCAGGCGGUUGGAGGAGGCUCUCCUCGCAGUCUGACAGAGCACUUUUCUGAGGUGCUGCUGAGUCUGAACAGACAUUGUCCUGGUCUGCUGUCCCAGUGGCUCAAAGAGACCCUGCAGACCCCUGGAUUCCCCUCCAACCAGGUCUCCCCAGAACAGAAACACACCUUCACCCAGCAGCUUCUAAGGGAGCAAACCAACAAACGCCGUGUUAAAGAGAUUGUAAAGGAGUUCUCUCUGCUCUGCCGUGGCCUGCAGGGUUCCGGAUACUCCGAUUACUAACCUGGGCUGCUUGUGUUGCAUCUGGCUUUUUCUCCUUCUGAAAGGGUUAAGAACAUGCUUUCCAACAAUGGAAAAUGAUACGGUUCCAACUUAAAUUAGCUCAUGCUUUUGUAUGACAUGAGGCUAAACUGGACUGUCCUUUUGGGCUGGUGACACUGGACUACCUUUGGACUGAAAAAUGUGUUUUCACUAAAAUAUCUUUGUUGAAUAAAUG